AGGACCUCUUUUUAGCUCUCUGAAGAGUUUGAGGGAAGGAAGGAGCCGUGCGUUUUCCAAAGAGGCUUCUCUUUAAUUAAUGGGUAAGAGACUAACAUUGAGCAAGUGCAGCCUGACAACUACGCAGGAGAUUCUUUGACGGAUUACAAUCUCAGCAAACUCUAACUCGAGACGAAGAAUGACAGCUAAGAGACUUAAACCAGACUUUUCACCAUCCUGGAAAGGAACUGGCUGCCAGUAUUUGGAGUUUUUUUAAUACUCUACCUCCCUCUGCUGUUAUCAGUGAGAAGUUCCUCGACAAUGGGAAAUCAUGUACUUGCAGCUUCGAUUUCCAUGCUCUCGCUCCUGGCGAUGAUGGGAGACGCGGACAGUAAAACAGACAGUUCCUUCAUGAUCGACUCCGACCCCAGCCGCUGUAUGAGGCAUCACUAUGUCGACUCCAUCAGCCACCCCCUCUACAAGUGUAGCUCAAAGAUGGUGCUGCUGGCUCGCUGCGAAGGGCGCUGCAGCCAGACGUCGCGCUCGGAGCCCAUGGUUUCUUUCAGCACCGUCCUGAAGCAACCUUUCCGCUCCACCUGCCAUUGCUGCCGGCCCCAGACCUCCAAGCUGAAGGCCAUGCGGUUGCGAUGCUCGGGGGGCAUGAGGCUCACUGCCACCUACCGCUACAUCCUCUCCUGCCACUGCGAGGAGUGCAACUCCUAGGGAUGUACCUGCCGCAGCAGAGAGGGGACUGGGAUGCUGCUGUUGGGAAAGGCUCCCAAGAAGUAACCCAAGGUGAGGCUGACACUCCCAGCACACGAUUGUAGCGAGGACAGGACUGACCAGGCUGGAUCGGAUCUGAGAGCUAAAGUGUAAAAUAUCCUGGGGCCCUGGAUGGCGCCGGUACCGAAGUGUAUGCUGUGACAAAGGCAAAAGCACGAGGACUUGUUCUUAAGAAGCCUUUCUGUUUUUCUGAAAGGAUAUUUUUGUGAGUUUCUUCUUUCUCAGGCUCAGCUCCGACUACAGAAAGGUGCUUUUACUUUAGGCCAAGGGCAGCAGGGGAAAAGAGAGGAAGGUCAGCCGAUGACAGCACUGCGCUCUGGAAGCUGGUGUUCGGACAGAGGAUGGGCAUCAGUUCCCACAUACAACCUCUUAACCUAUCAACUUAUUCUCAGUCUCCUAGUUAUAUUGGCCUUCAAAACAAACUGUGUUGUUGGCAAGGGUUAUCUGUUACUGAUCUAGCAGCCAAGUGCUGGAUGACUUUGUGGUUUAGCAGAAAUUACAAAUAAAUCAUUGAAAAUUGAA